AUGCCAGAGGACAUCACUACCCCGGGCAAAUCCCCCUCCCCAGUCGGGACCACCCCUCGACGCGUUCUAACCACCGACGAAUCCUCACAAUUCCGGCACCGGCCCCCAACAAACCGCUUCUCAACAUCACAAGACUCGCCCUCGCCAGUGCAGGGGAUCCGCAGGCGGAGCUCGACCUUUUCAGACUACUCGUUGCGAGAAGCUAGGAAAUCAUUUCAGAGCUCGACCGAUGAUCUGCUGCUGCCGAAACCGAGUGCGACGGGCCAUGAUGUUGCAACCCAUGAUUCCUCCGCGUGGGAUUCCGCGCCGUUGGCGUUCGCGUUGUUGCCUGCCUUGGGAGGAAUGCUAUUCACGAAUGGGAGUUCGGUGAUUACAGAUGUGAUGCUCCUGGGAUUGGCAGCGAUAUUCUUGAAUUGGUCGGUGAGGUUGCCGUGGGACUGGUACCACUCCGCUCAAUCGAUGCGAACGAUAGAGGAAUACAAUGGUGAUACUAUAAUUGCCGAGGAGAGCGAUGAUGAGAAUCCAUUGAGCUUCUCGCAGGCCACAUUGGAGGAAGUCCCAGAAGAGAACGAAGACCCAUCAACGGCUCCGAACCCUACGCGACGACUCCCUGCACACGAAGCUGCUACAAAUGAACUAUAUACCCACGAACUUCUUGCCCUUCUGUCAUGUUUUCUAUUUCCUGGUCUUGGAGCUUACUUACUUCACACUAUACGCGGGCAGCUGACCAGGCCGUCGGAAGGAUUGGUUUCGAACUACAAUCUGACGAUCUUCCUUCUUGCGUCAGAAAUUCGUCCAAUGGCACAUCUGGUCAAGUUGAUACAGGCUCGAACGUUACAUUUGCAACGGGUCGUAAAUGCAAACCCGUACGAUACUACAAAAGGCAGCGUGGGAGAGGUGCAAGAACUUACUCGACGACUCGAGGAUUUGGAAGCACGCAACUCAAUUGCAGAAUCGAAUGACGCGGCGGCAGAGCCUACAUUGAGUGGAAAACAAUCUACAGUCCUUACCACCGAAGUCAGGAGAUCUCUUCAACCAGAUCUCGAUGCACUGAAUCGCGCAGUAAGACGAUAUGAGAAGCGCGCCACGCUACAAGCUUUCCAAACGGAGUCCAGACUUCAUGAUCUUGAGUCCCGAUUGAACGACGCCAUUUCUCUUGCUGCAGCUGCCGCGAACAAUACACAAAAUCGAGGAUUCGCAGGCAUCAUCGUCGAGUGGGCAGCUAGCGCUAUUGUCCUGCCACUGCAGGCACUCGGCGCUUUAGUCGGUCUCCCGCUGAAAAUGUCAGCUUCCCUGAUGAAUUGGGGAAAGUAUAAGGUUGUCGGCCAGAAGCCAGUGGGCAACAGGGAGAGAAAGCUGGCGAAUGGGAGGAUGCCGACGAAUGUGAGGAUUGACCGACUGCAGGGCAGAGCGCUUAAGAAGUAG